UCUAAACAUAUAGAAGAAGAAGUAAACAAGUUAUCACAAACUUCACGAAAAUGGCACAGAAGCUUCUUGUUGCCACUAACGCGGACUCUGUUACAAUGUCAACCCUAUGUCUAUUUAAUUAACUACACCACUUCACAUCACAUUUUCUCUUUCUAUAUAUAGACACUGAAAGUUGAAAGAAGCUGUGUUUGCAAAGUUGAAGAAGAAGAAGAAGAUGGGGAACUACAUUUCUUGCACUCUAUCAACAGCAGGGAACAAGCAUUGGAGAGGCAUAAAGGUGAUAUUUCCAAGUGGUGAGAUUGAGGAGUUUGAAGAAGGAGUUAAAGCAGCAGAACUGAUGCUUGAGAUGCCAAGUUUCUUUGUGGUGAACACUCGGUCUCUGCAUAUUGGACGAAGGUUUUGUGCACUCAACGCAGAUGAAGAGCUUGAGUGUGGGAAUGUUUAUGUGAUGCAUCCCAUGAAGAGGCUUAAUUCUGUGGUCAAACCAUCUGACAUGGGUGCCUUGUUACUCACUGCCAAAAGGGUCACUGCCAAAGUCAGAGUUGUUCCUGAGAAACAAGUGGAGGAGACAAAGCUGAAGCUUGACGACAUUGAAGAGUUUUCUAGCCCCGAGUUCAUGCACAGGUUGUCCAUCACCAGGUCAAAGAAACCUUUGCUUGAGACCAUAGCAGAGGAACCACUGUGUGCAAGAUCAUAAUCAGAAGCUCUGCAGAUUCUGGCUUUCUUGUGAUUGGAACUGUUUAGGAUUUUUUUUUUCCUUUAUUGUGAUUGGAAUUGUAUGUAUUACUGAAACUAAUUCAAGACAUUAGACAUGCAGUAUUGUUAG